AUGGAAUCUGAUCUGAAACCUAAAAUCAAAAAGAGAAAGUAUUCGAGAAGAGGUUGCAAGGAAUGCAAAAGACGGAAGAUCAAGUGCGACGAAGGGAACCCAUCGUGCUACAAUUGUUCUCGUUUAAAUAAAAUUUGUGUUUACGAAUCGAAACUGCAAUUCAAAGAUGCGAGUACUGCGAAUGAUUCCUAUUCUCCUGGUGUGCUGAUUGUGCCUAGACCGGAGAACGAACUGACCCUCCAUAUGCAAUUCUACAAUCCUAACGAUGCUACCAAAAACGGCAUAAAACAAGAGGAUGGGAGCGUGUCGAAAGAAAGUGCUCUUUCUCAGAAGCCAGCACCAGUGAUGCUACGAGAUAACUCGCUAGACUCCGCGAACCAAUCCAGCUAUAAUCAUUCCAGCUAUCCCACGAUGUCUCUCAAUGGGAGUGUUGAUGGAGAGCAACGACCAAAUCUUGGGAGCACGGGCCCUUGUAUAAUAACUGCUUCUACACACACAAGUACGUCUUCACAGCUGCCGCAUCCGGGGCUUGAUGCAAUGAACCCAAUGGACUUGAACAGUGUUGACAUGCGCAAUCUAUUCAACGAGGCAAGUGGUCUUGUGCACGAUAUCAAUCAUUUGUUGGACCCUGGUAUGGUCGAAGGUUGGAGCGGGAAUAUUACACCAAUAAGCUCAGCGGGGCAUUUACUCAACGAAACAACAGUGUACCCGCUAGGAACGAACAACAGUCCGGCAAGUUUGAACUCAGAGGAAAAGCUACACUUUCAUAUUGAUGAGUUUUCGAGCAGAAUUCAUGCUGACUCGUAUGUGAGCCCAUCAGGAAUUGCAGAGUGCAUUGUACUCUCGAAUACGGAGUUAAUCCAGCAGUGCAUUACUGAGAAUUCAUUGGAGCAACCGCAUGUAAAAUACUUGAUGACACUUACAAACACAGACCUUUCCUACCAUAUUUACCCAUUUGCCUCGCUGAUAGACUCUAACGAAGUGAUGAAGCUUCUACUAAUAUACCUGGCGAAAUGCCCGUACUUACUUACGUCGCUUCUCGCCAUUUCAGCAACCUUUCAAUUUAAUCAAACAGGCAAGCAAGCUCACGAUAAUGCCAGGCAAAAGUACAUUACCGUUUGUUUCAAAUCCCUUAAUGACGCUUUCACUGAACACUCUGGAUUUGAAAAUGCUGAAAUGCUCACAAGCAAUAUUGAAAAGCUCCUUUUAACCGUUUUGAUUCUCACGUCGUACUUCACAGCAACAAAUUUUAUACUGGAUGAGAAUAUCUUGACAUCUUGGAAGGCUCAUCUUCGUGGCGCUAGAGAUCUUUUGCUUCACUACGGUAAAGUAACCCGCAGCAGCUAUAAGUCUGAACAUUUCAUGUCUGGCGGCCUUGCUCUUGCUAAGUGCUGGUUUUUUGCCAUUGAAAGUGCUGCAUCAAUUCAUUCCUCAUUUGGAGGCUCCUUAACUAAGUCAAAAGGAGCAACAACGACCGAUCUCGACAAAGAUAACGAGAUAUUCAAUCCGCCACAUAUGCUGCUUGACAACGAAAGCUUAAUUUAUUGGGAAUCUGGUGUCUGUGAUAUGGAAGUGAAUCCCGAGUAUCAUGCAGCUUUACAAAGGGUGCAUAUGCUUUGCUCAAGUCCAUCAUCAUCGGAAUUUAAUCUUUACUGGGGGUUUACAUCUCGAGCUGUAAAGACUAUUCUCCUGUUCAGCACGAUUAUGGAUAAGGUCAGAUCAAACGGCUACAGCCGAGUUCCGUUGAGGUGGAUCGCUCAUCUAUUCAAGUUGACAGACGAAUGCGCCCAGGAGAUUAUUGUGCCGAAUGUAAUACUUCGAAAUUUUGAAGUACCGUUAUCCAGUUGCGGCCACCCAGAUUAUACUGGAGCUGGAGCUAUUCUGUUUCCAUUAUCAUGCUUUGUCGAAGAUAGGACCGAGAGCGGUGAAAAAAUCGUCUAUUCAUGGUUUGAUCUCUCACAUCAGAUUCAUGUUGACAACCUUUUCAUGAAGUUGAUGGUACAAGAAGCAUUUCUCAACCUUCCGCGAAACCAUUACCAUGUACAAGAAAUGAUUAAGAAGUUGUUUGGAUAUUUUUUCUUCAUUAAAAAGAAACUGUCUGCUAAUUAUGCAGAGGAGAAAGAUAAAAUAAUUGUGGAAAGUGACAAUUACUACUUGAGUCAUCCAACAUUCGACAACCGGUGCAUCAUGAUCCAGUCUAUAUUUCGAACCCUAUCAACACUUGUGGUGUCAGAUGAUGAGUUUGAAAAAAUCGAACUUUUUUUUAUGGGUCUUGUCAAGCUUGGUAAUGGUAGUUCGCUUAGCACGUUGGAUAUGGUGGCACGCUUUAAGGAGAGUAGAAGAAGGAAAAAGGCCGAGACUGACAACGAUGGUGAAAAUGAUGAUGAAAUUUACGAUUACGAGGACCUGUGCGAUAUUCCUUUUGCAUGA